UUUUGGAUUAUUACAGGGACUCUCUCGGUAUAUGUCUUAUUGGUUCACCUCUGAUUAUAUUUGAAUAGUGGUGAAAUAGAAGAUCGCACUCAAAUGCCAGUGAAUCGAGUGCUUUCUUAAAUAUAGACUUCUAGAAUCGAUGAUAAGGUGGCCUCGGUGUUCGUUUAGUAGUCCUGUGGGUGGCUAGCAGCUAGCUAGUUACGCAGCAUCGGUUCGCUCUCGGCAGCUAAUAUUACUGAACCGGUGCCUUAAUUCCCCUGGAUUCUCCUGGACUAUCUGAAUGUGGAUGUAGUUAUAUAUAGAAAACAACUGAAGCCUGUGAAAUUCUGCUCAGGACGAGACUAAAUCGGAUAUUUUUCUUCAAACGCUUUUUUUUCUUUCCGUGAUAAGCUAGCUGUUAGCACGGCGGCGCUAGCAGUUGACAGUCUAGACUCUGCAUUGAUGGGCAACAUUAACUAGCCAGUCAGAAAACAGUGGCAUGGCGGCACGUCAGAACUCUGUUAAGAUCCUUGUAGGCCGGCAACAAGGGUCUCGAACAUGUGGCUCGCAGAGACUUCUGCAGCUGCUGGUGGAGGAGAAGGUCAGAUGGAUGAAGUGGCAGAGUCAGAAGGUGGAGCUACCAGACAGUCCUCGGUCUACUUUCCUUCUUGCCUUCAGUCCUGACAGGACUUUGAUGGCAUCCACUCAUGUCAACCACAACAUCUACAUCACAGAGGUCAAAACAGGCAAGUGCCUCCACUCACUGGUGGGCCACCGGCGGACCCCCUGGUGUGUUACUUUUCACCCCACCAUCCCAGGCCUCGUGGCCUCAGGGUGCCUUGAUGGAGAGGUCCGGAUCUGGGACCUACAUGGUGGAAGCGAGAGCUGGUUCACAGAAAGUAACGUGGCCAUCGCCUCGCUGGCGUUCCACCCCACUGCUCAGCUGCUACUCAUCGCUACUAACAACGAGCUUCACUUCUGGGAUUGGAGCAGACCAGAACCUUUUGCUGUGGUCAAGACUGGUAGCGACACAGAACGAGUCAGGUUGGUGCGGUUUGACCCCUUGGGUCACAAUCUGCUGACGGCAAUUGUCAACCCAUCCAAUCAGCAGAACGACGAGGACUCUGAGGUUCCAAUGGACAGUGUGGAGAUGCCUCACUUCCGUCAGCGAGCGCUCAUUCCCUCCCAACCAGUGCGGCGGACCCCAAUCCUCCAUAACUUCCUGCACAUUUUAUCAUCACGCCCCCCAGGGGCACCACAGGGCUCUGAUUCUUCACGUGUUCACUCUGAGACAAGUGGGAGUUUGGGGGAUCCUCCUAGUAUGCCUUUACCACAGUACCCAAAUUCUGAACAUGGCCCACCCUUCCCUGGCUGCACGCAGCACUUGGGCCUGGUUUGUCUUUGUAGUCGAUGCUCUGCAAAUCGUAACCCCUCCCUCGCUGCUGAUGGGACAGCUGCCGUUCCCACCGACCCACAGGCCCAAACAGAAACUCCUACUCCUUCAAGUUUUUCAUCGGCCCGCACAGAACCCCGCCCUCCCUCUGACCGGAUAUCAGCCUUCACCUCUGUUUACUAUAGUGCUGGUUCAUCUUUGAACCCCACCCCCCAGAACAAUUCAGACCUGGCAAGCAGACCAGGGCCGGAUUGGACUCGCGACCUUCUAAGUAUGAGGGAUGGGGGGCAAGGACCAGCCAUGCUGCCCCCCAGGACCUCAUCUUCGUCGUCCGUGAGCCUCUUGUCUGUGCUGCGUCAGCAGGAAGGCUCCUCUCACUCUCCUGUUUACACCUCUGCCACUGAAGGCCGGGGAUUUUCCCACCAAGGAGAACCGGGCCUACGGGAUGGUGCCGGUACCAGCAGUGGCCACCACCCUUUUUGGGACAGCUCACGCAGCAACUCUGCCUCAUUCCGUAACGUGCUGCAAUGUAACUUAAGCCGCUACUUUUUAGAGCUCGACCGCAUGCAGGACCUAGAGUCUCCACUUGGGGGCAACACAGGAGGUGCAAGUAUGGGGGAGAGGAGUCAAGAACAGAACCAGGAGUUACUGAAUAAUAACCUGGACCCUGAACGACCCAGGCCCUCAUCUUCAUCCAACAACCCCCCAACUAUCAUCCACUAUCAGCCACCCCUCCCUCCUCCUCCCAGUUCUCACAGUCUGGAAAAUAAUGCUCCUGCCCCUACCUCCCGUGGACACUUGAAUCGCUGUCGCGCUUGCCACAACCUACUUACGUUCAAUCACGACUCCCAACGCUGGGAGCGCACCAGCCAGGCCUCCUCCACCUCUGCUGAGCCCUCAGCUUUUCCUUCAACCUCUUCAACAUGGCCUGAGGAGGGGAGAAGGCCUGGGGAUGGAGCUGAGCAGAGUGAGCCCCCGCCCCCACCUGCGGGUGCAGAGAACUUGACCUUUCCUGCAGUGACCACCCCCAGCCAGCAGAUCCAGCAGCCUGUUGGUUUUCUGUACCACCAGGAGACGGCGCAGUGGGCGCGCUUGUACCAACACACAGUCACAGGACAAGUGCCAGAGCCACCUGAAGCCUUAACCCAGGAAAUGCCUGUCCAUCCCCCCGAUGAAGACUCGUUGAGGAGACGACUUUUGGAGACGUCGCUCUUGUCGCUGUCUCGCUACGACAUGGCCAGUUCAAGGGACCAUCCCAUCUACCCAGACCCUGCUAGGUUGUCUCCGGCAGCAUACUACGCUCAGAGGUUGAUCCAGUCUCUGUCUAGGAGGGACAGCAUCCGCCAGCGCUCGCUGCGGUACCAACAAAACCGGUUGAGGGCAAUGUCUUCAUCGACUACCUCAUCAGAUGGACCAACAGGCCACGCCCCCGGCGCCGUUGACACAGGAGAAGUGGACUUCGAGGAGCUGGAGGAGGGAGAGCGAACGCGGCACCGCACACCGAGGAAUGCGAGGAUGUCAGCACCCUCACUGGGACGGUUUGUUCCUCGGCGGUUCCUGCUGCCAGAGUAUUUGCCGUAUGCUGGAAUCUUCCAUGAACGAGGACAACCAGGUCUGGCCACACACUCCACUGUCAACAGAGUGCUAGCAGGUGCCUCCAUCGGAGAUGGCCAGUCAGCAGUUGCCAGCAACAUCGCCAACACCACGUACCGCUUGCAGUGGUGGGACUUCACCCAGUUUGACCUGCCGGAGAUUAGCAACGCUUCAGUCAACGUUCUGGUGCCAAACUGUAAGAUCUACAACGACGCCAGCUGCGACAUCUCGGCGGAUGGUCAGCUCCUCGCUGUCUUCAUUCCCAGCAGCCAGCGAGGCUUUCCAGACGAGGGCAUCCUCGCAAUCUACUCACUGGCUGCACACAACCUGGGAGAGCUGCUGUACACCAAGAGAUUUGGUCCCAACGCCAUCUCAGUCAGCUUGUCUCCUCUGGGCUGUUACGUGAUGGUGGGCUUGGCUUCCCGCCGGAUCCUGCUGCAUCACACCACAGAUCACAUGGUCGCUCAAGUCUUCCGCUUGCAGCAGCCGCACGGUGGAGAGACGUCCAUCAGGAUGGUGUUUAACGUGGUGUAUCCGAUGGCGCCGGAUCAGCGGCGUCAUGUGAGCAUCAACUCAGCACGCUGGCUGCCCGACCCCGGCAUGGGCCUGGCUUACGGAACCAACAAGGGAGACCUAGUCAUUUGCCGACCUGUGUUCUACCGCAGUGAUGGAGAAAGCCCGGCAGAGUCCAGCUCAGAGCAGCUGUUCUCCGUCAACAAUAGCGGCAGCAGCCGGACCCGAGGCUCAGAUCGACCCGGGUCAAGUCGCCCUGGCUGGAGACUAGACCGGGACAUGGGACUGAUGAACGCCAUCGGUCUGCAGCCGCGCCACCCCGCCCCGUCUGUGACGUCACAGGGAACACAAACGCCAAUCGUGCAGCUGCAGAACGCCGAAACGCAGACGGAGCCCCGCUUGAUGCGCCCGGUUCCUGGGACUUCAAAAACCUCAACAAGAACAUCUCGGCCAGAACGGUCUUCGCCCUCAGAACCGGGGUCCUCGUCUCAAGAACCCAGGACGCCACCUUCACAAACUGGGGGUCCUCAGACGGACACAGCAGACACCGGAGCAGAUGUUCCUGUGACUCCGACCAACAUCACGCCGACGACCCCAGACAAUGUAACUGCUGAGGAUGGUGAAACACCGAACUCUGAGUCUGGUGAGGACGCUCUGGCCAGGAUCCGGCGGCUGAUCGCUGAAGGCGGGAUGACAGCUGUGGUCCAGCGGGAGCAAAGCACCACCAUGGCGUCCAUGGGAGGUUUCGGCAACAACAUCAUCGUCAGCCACAGGAUCCACCGCGGCUCACAGACGGGUGCCGGCUCCAGGGUUCCCACAGGCCCCUACCCAAGUCCUCUUCCUCAUGCCCCUGAGAAUCUCAGCCCCCCAUCCCCACUUGGAGACCCCGAUGAUGUGUUCCAGCGUGUGUUGUUUGACGAUUCCCCUCCGGGCCCUUCAGGCCUUCUUCUGUCUUCCCCCUCCCCAUCCUCAUCCGCCAGUCAAGGGCCGUCUCCCAGCAGCAGCAGCAGCAGCAGCAGCAGCAGCAGUGGGCCCAUCCCUUACCCGUACCCCGAUCACGCUUACAGCAGGUAGUCUCUUGGCGGCCGAGAGAAGCCUUAAACACCCGUGGGGUCUCCCCCGGUGAAGAAGGGAGACGACUGCCGGCUCUCUCACCUCCUCCCUGCACUUGAACAACUGGGCUGAAGGUCGACACCCCCUGCACUGGUGUCAUGUGAUCAACCUGUUUAGUUUUUAACUUUUUUUUUUUUUUGAGGUGGGGCAUCACAGGUCAAUCAUGGGUCAGAGUGUGUGCGUACGUGAGCUUGCCGAAGUGUGCAUGUGCUCGUAUGUGUGUCUGUUGUCUUUGAUAUCUGAAUCGUUUGACUGAGCUCCGGACCUCAAUGUUUUACUAAGAUUGAAUCUUGGCUCGCUAACUAACAAACUAACUUGGACUGUGACGGUGGGGAGAACAGGAAGUGACAUCACUGAAUCACGUGCAUGAGCUCAUCAGUUGUCUGUAAAAGUGUUUGACCCAUCCACUUUAAAGCCAAACCCUUGGUACAUUUCCUCUGCUCACUGUUCAGCCCCUCCCCCUGCUUUGUACAGACCACACCCCUUUACCUGUGCCCCCCAUACCCCUCCUCCACUUGACUGAUGGGAGGCUUUUAACCCCUCCCUGCUGCUGGGUGUCAGUCGACCGCCGGUGUCCAUGACGACCUGUCAGCUCCUCCUGGUUUUACUUGAUCCAUGGACUUUUGACUUGUGUAUUUCGGGGUGCCACCCUCUCGCCGCCUGGUGGACAUGAAAUGUAUGGAGGACCAAAUCCCACAAGUUGAAAUAAAUAAAUAAUUGAAUAAAUGUGUCAUUAAUUAAAUAUAAUAGGCAUUAAAUAUUAAAAUUUGUCAUUAAAUAACGACAGUGCAGUUUUAUUUCCCUACGUAUUUAUUUAAAAGAACUGCGUGACAAAAUGCCAAAUGUAAUUAAAUAAAAUGGCCAUUCGACAUUUUAAUGUAUCGUUAAAUGAUUUAAAUGCCAUUUUAUUUCUCUUAGAGUAUUUUUGUUUAUUUCAUGAACCGGGUUGCCGCGUUUCAUACUUGAAAUAAAUCUGUCAAACUCACCAGUCAAAGAGGUUACCCUGCCGAUCAAGGCAAGGCAGUUCGAGUGCAGACAGCGGACUUGGGCACGGAGGCGGCUCGGAAAACUGACGUUCACGAUCGAAGGUAGUGACGUUUGUUGUGACACAGACGGAGCCUAGUUGGAUGUAUGCGAUGCCGCGAGACGUUUCAGACGCCGCCGAUCACAUGAUACACGCAGCCACGAUUUAGUCGCUUUUGGUCCCCGGUUUUAUGACAUAAAAAGAGAAAUAAAACUGUACCAUUUAACCAUUUAAUGAAAAAUGUUAACAUUUAAUGCCAGUUGUAUUGAAUUAAUGACACAUUCAAUUAAUGAUUUUGAUUUGUUGGAUUUGGCCCUUCAUAGAAAUAAUGAAAUAAUAACAUGCUCAUUA